GUUAUUCGGGCAAUUUUAAGAUUUCUGGAAUCAUUCGUCGCAGAAACUCCUGUCCUCCCUUUUAUUUACUAAGAGCUCUAACACUGAGGUUAUCCUCAAGUUUCAAGUGUGCAAACUGAGAAAAGAAUGGCUGGUUGAUUACUGGCUUGGGUUGCCUUUGAUAUACAGACUUACUUAUGCCCUGUCUUAAACAUGACUUUUUACUUGUGUUUUGUCUUCUUACUCUUCUAGAAAAAAAAAAAAAAACUAUCCAAGAUGACUGUCACUUACUCCAGUAAAGUAGCAAAUGCGACUUUUUUUGGAUUUCAUAGGUUACUUCUCAAGUGGAGAGGCAGCAUCUACAAACUACUGUACAGGGAAUUUAUUGUUUUUGCUGUUCUUUAUACAACAAUAAGUUUGGUGUACAGAUUGUUACUUACAGGAGCCCAAAAACGUUACUUUGAAAAAUUAUCAAUUUACUGUGACAGAUAUGCUGAACAAAUUCCAGUAACCUUUGUGCUUGGAUUUUAUGUUACUCUGGUAGUGAACCGAUGGUGGAACCAGUUUGUGAAUCUGCCCUGGCCGGAUAGGCUGAUGUUCCUCAUCUCCAGCAGUGUUCACGGAAGCGACCAGCACGGGCGCCUGCUCAGAAGGACGCUGAUGCGCUACGUGAAUCUCACGUCCCUGCUCAUCUUCCGUUCCGUCAGCACCGCUGUGUACAAAAGGUUUCCAACGAUGGACCACGUGGUUGAAGCAGGUUUUAUGACAGCAGAUGAAAGAAAAUUAUUUGACCAUCACAAAUCUCCUCAUCUGAAAUACUGGGUUCCAUUCAUCUGGUUUGGAAAUCUUGCAACUAAAGCCCGGGAUGAAGGUAGAAUAAGAGACAGCGUUGAUCUACAGUCACUGAUGACUGAAAUGAAUCGGUACCGCUCCUGGUGCAGCCUCCUAUUCGGUUAUGAUUGGGUUGGAAUCCCGCUGGUCUACACCCAGGUUGUCACUCUCGCAGUCUACACCUUCUUCUUUGCCUGCCUGAUUGGACGCCAGUUUCUGGAUCCCACCAAAGGCUACGCAGGGCAUGACUUAGAUCUCUACAUUCCAAUCUUUACUCUCCUCCAGUUCUUCUUCUACGCAGGAUGGCUGAAGGUAGCUGAACAACUUAUCAACCCUUUUGGAGAAGAUGAUGAUGAUUUUGAAACUAACUGGUGCAUCGAUAGAAAUCUGCAGGUCUCUCUUCUAGCUGUGGAUGAGAUGCACAUGAGCCUACCCAAGAUGAAGAAGGACAUCUACUGGGAUGAUUCGGCCGCUCGACCACCAUACACCCUGGCAGCCGCUGAUUACUGUAUACCCUCAUUUCUGGGGUCAACAACCCAAAUGGGGAUGUCUGAGUCCGACUUGCCCAGUGAAGAGUGGGUAUGGGACUACCAGAAGCCUGGCCAUCGGCACUCCAUGAUCAGAAGAGUCAAGAGGUUCCUGAGUACCCACGAGCACCCCACCAGCCCCCGGAGGAGCUUCCGGCGGCAGGCCAGCGACAGCUCCAUGCUCUUCCCCAUCAGCCCAACGCGGGAUCUGCUGAACGUGCCCUGCAGGAGCCCACAGAGGACCUCGCACAGCCGGCAGCCCUCCGGUUCCCUGGAGGGCAGCCCCAAGUUGCAUUCCAGCAUGGGAGAACUGUCCACCAUCAGGGAGACCAGCAGGACAAGCACCCUCCAGAGCCUGACCCCGCAGUCCAGCGUGAGGGCCUCCCCCAUCAAAAUGCCCCAGGUGCCUGAGGUGCUGAUCACAGCAGCUGAAGCACCAGUGCCCUCAUCAGAUGGCCAUCACCAUGAUUCCACUGCCUCCAUCACUAGCUUUGAGUUUACUGGGGUUCAGCCAAGCAGGACAGGGCAGCAGGGGGACCCCAUAGGAUUACUCCUGUCACCUUCAGAGGUGGGGACACCUCCUAGGAGCCCUACUCUCCAGACUGCUUCAGCCAGAACUGAGACAAAUAUGUCCCAGUUUGAAGAAGGCCCUGAAGACGACAGUUUUCUGAAAAGGUGGAGCCUCCCAGAGUUUCAAGAGUCCAGCCACAUCUCCCUGGGGAGUCUAAGUGCUGACCCCAUGAGCCCUGGGCCGCUUCUCUUAACUGAAACCCAGACAUCCUCAGAGUCCAGUGUACUCAAUGGGGCUGGCUCUCGGCUCUCUCCUGACGUGCUGUACUUAAUGGAGAGCCUGGACACCAAGGAGACAGACAUCAUAGACUUCAACAGCGAGCCCACGGAGGAAUCCCCCAAGGACCGCCAGAGAGCACUCGGACCUUCUAGCUCAGAUUCCAGUUUGGCAAAGGCUCAGCCUUAAAUACAGAACACCCCUGGGGGCUGGUUAGCUUUGUGAAAAACAUGACCCCACUAUAUAAGCUACCUAGAAAUUCCAAGGGCAUUAUGAUCUUGACUUUUUGAAAACUUUGAAAAAUAGACACAUGUACAUCAGAAUAAUGUGGCUUUCCUAGAAAUGAUACAGACCACAAUGAAGUAUCUUAACCAGAUAAGGAAUCUUAUAUAAAUAA